AUGAAGACUGUCGCCCUGUUCGUUGGCGUCCUGGCUCUGGCCUCGGCUUCAGUCGAUUUAUCCAAAGUUAAAUUUAUUGAUGAGUUGGAUGAAUUCUGGGAACAGUUGGAUCCGUCUUUGCAAAAGCUUCGUGGAACGAAUGCGGCUUCGGAUAGCAGAGUAGUUAACGGCAAGGAAGCCAAGCCGGGACAGUUUCCGUACCAAGCCCUGGUGUUGAGUUACUUCGAGAAUGGCAGUGGUGGAUUGUGUGGAGGUACACUACUGACGCAAAACUACGUAAUGACAGCGGCCCAUUGCGUUUUUAAAAGAACUGUGCCUACACAUGGAACCGUCACUCUUGGAGUUCACAAUCGACACGUAGAAGAAGAAACCCAACAGAGAAUCAAUCAUGGUUCCGUCAACGUUCAUCCGAACUACACCGCAUCGUAUUUGCGUAACGAUAUCGCCACCAUCCGACUGUCAACUCCGGCAGUGUUCAACGAAUUUGUUCAACCCAUCGAUCUUCCCGCCAUUUCGGAUACACGCAGAUUCUCAGGAUUCACGGGAAUCAUCUCAGGAUUCGGACGCACUACCUCUGAUUCGCCUGUUUCCGACGUGGUCAUGUACACUACCAACCCGAUUAUGACCAAUGCUAAUUGUCUAUCGGCGUUCCACUCCUAUUCGAUUCAACCGCAGAACAUCUGUCUAUCCGGAAAUAUAGGUCGGUCGGUGUGUAAUGGCGAUUCCGGUGGCCCACUAGCCGUUCGGGAAAAUAAUCGAACUAUACAGGUUGGUGUUGCGUCGUUCAUCCACUGGAAUGGUUGUGGUUCCGGUUAUCCUUCUGGAUUUGCCCGCGUCUCGUACUUCCUGAAUUGGAUAGCCGAAAACUCUGAUGUUGUGCUCCGGAACUAG